AUGUUUGACAUAGAUGCCAAACUACUAGAGCAGUUUAGUGCACUUGGUACAACAGACAAGGAUGAGUUAAUAAAUCAACUAAAAGCAGUCGUUGGAAAUGAGCUAACUGACGAGUCAUGUCGUUUUUUCUUAGAAUUGGCCGACUGGAACCUACAGCGUGCAAUCGGUGCGUACUUUGAUUUCAGUUUUGAGGGUUCCGCAUCAGUUAGUUGUGCAUCUAAUUACCCACUUCCUUCCGUGAGUGUUUGCGAAUCAUCUGCGAAUGUGGACUGCAUGCGUAUAGAUUCCGAAGUUCUAGUAAACCAAAGGCAAUUUGAUGCACGGAUAUGGCCAUCACCUUACGACGUUCCGGAACUUGGUGGGUUUAUCAAAGUAACUGUCGAGAACUGUGGUUCUUGUUCUUGGCCUGAAGGAACGUUCCUACGGUCCGAAGUAGACCACGCUGUUGCACGAUUAAACAGCUUAUCUGCAGAUAACAGUGAAGUUCUAUGGCUCCCAAUCGGUGUAGAUGGCAGAAUUUCUAUUCUUCCAAUACCUCCGCAUCAAAUUGUAGAUCUAACAUUAAAUCUCACUCCUCCGAAUCUCCAGCUAAAUUACCAAUGCCCUGUCGUUGGAGCAUUGUCCUUCUGUCUACCCAAUGGCGAUAGGUUUGGGGAAAUUCUUUACUGCACUGCUGUACCUGAUUUGGAACACAUGACUUGGAGGUAUCAAAGAGGCAUAUUAGCAAGCAACGUGAGCGCUGGACGGUAUAGCCCUAUGGUUUUGGAAGAUGUUUAA